AUGGGGAAGACGAAAGCAAAGGGUAAACAUCGUUUGGAUACGUGGUAUCACUUAGCCAAAGAAUCCGGUUACAGAUCCAGAGCAUCAUACAAACUCCUUCAAAUCAAUGCAAAGUUCGGUUUCCUCAGUUCCGCACGUGCCGUCCUCGAUCUCUGCGCCGCUCCAGGAGGUUGGAUGCAGGUGGCGGUGAAACAUGUUCCCCACGGCAACCUUGUCAUCGGAGUUGACCUUGCCCCCAUCGCUCCCAUGAUUAGAGCCACCGCUAUUCAGGAGGAUAUCACGAAACCCGAGUGCAAGUCACGAAUUAAGAAAAUCAUGAACCAAAAUGGUUGUACUGUUUUUGAUGUUAUUCUUCAUGAUGGUUCACCGAAUAUUGGUGGAGCUUGGGCUCAAGAAGCUACGAGUCAGAAUGCUCUUGUUAUUGACUCCGUUAAGUUGGCUACAUGUUUUUUAGCAGCUAAGGGCACUUUUGUCACCAAGGUUUUCCGGUCGCAGGAUUACAGUGCCGUUGUGUAUUGUUUGAAGCAGUUGUUUGAAAAGGUUGAGGUGGUUAAACCGAUUGCGAGUCGAUCGGAAUCUGCUGAGAUAUAUCUUGUGGGGCUUAAGUACAAGGCCCCUGCUAAGAUUGAUCCUCGCCUUCUUGAUUACAAGCAUCUUUUUCAGGCAUCUGCUCAACCGCAAGCCAAGGUGGUGGAUGUGCUUAGAGACAAUAAUAAGCGAAAGCGGCAUCGUGAUGGAUAUGAAGAUGGAAACACAACUUUGAGGAAGGUUUCUUCAGCUGCAAGUUUUAUUUGGUCAGAUGCUCCUCUGGAGAUUCUUGGUUCAGUUACUUCUAUAACCUUUACAGAUCCAGGUGAUUUACUAAUCAAGGAUCACAAACUAACUACUGAAGAGGUGAAAUCUCUAUGUGAAGAUUUGAGAGUUUUGGGGAAGCAAGACUUUAAGCAUCUUUUAAAGUGGAGGAUUCACAUUAGAAAAGCGUCUAAAAAGACGGAACCUUCUUCUACAAGUGUGGUAGAAAGUGUGCAUGAGGUGGAUGAAGAUGAUAGACUACUCAACGAAAUGGAGGAACUGACAAAUGCAUUGGACCGCAAGAAGAAACGCGAAAAAAAGAUUCUAGCGAGAAGUAGAGCUAAGGACAAGGUGCGGAUGCAAAUGGAUGCAGUAGAAGAUUAUGUUGAUCACGAGUUGUUUUCCCUUGCCUCCAUGAAGGAUAAGAAGGAUCUGGUAGCUGUUGACACCACUGACUAUGAAGGGGAUGACAGUGAGAAUGAAGAAAACAAAGAUGGCUCAGUGCAUUCAUCUAGUGACUUAGAUUCUGAUGAAGAACGUAAAAGAUAUGAUGAACAAAUGGAAGAUGUAUUUGAACAAGCUUAUGAGAGUUUUGUGAUAAAAAAGAAAGGCACUGCAAGGCAGAGUAAGCUUAUUAAAAAAUCCUAUGAUGUAGACUCCCAACUUUUGGAGGCUGAUGAGAAUGAUGACAUGUUUCAGUCCAAUUAUGAUCCGGAUGAAGAUCAUGGUGUUCAAGAAGCAAACCCUUUGAUGGUGCCCCUUAAUGACGGGACAACUCUCACCCAAGAGGAGGUCACAAAUGCAUGGUUUAAUCAAGAUGUAUUUGCUGAAGCUGUUGAGAAGGAUGACAGUGAAAAUGAAAUGGAUAUUGAUGGUCCGAAGGAGAAGAUGCCCGUUAAAUCGGCUUCUUCUACGGAAAUGGAUUAUGAAAUUGUUCCUCAAUCUGAUACUGAUACAGAUUCAGACGAGUCAUCGUUCUUUGACGUUGAAACAAACGCAGAGAUAUUGGCAUAUGGUAAUAAGAUGCAGAGGAAAGAGCAUAGGGAAGAGAUACUAGAUGAUGCAUAUAAUAGGCACAUGUUUGAUGAUGAAAGCUGGCCCAAGUGGUUUCUAGAUGAGGAAAGGAAACACCAUCAACCAGAAAAGCCUAUCACGAAAGAGGAAGUUGCGGCAAUGAAAACAAAAUUUAAAGCAAUAGAUGCCCGGCCUGCAAAGAAGGUUGCUGAGGCGAAAGCCCGAAAGAAGCUUGUUGCAAUGAGGAAGCUUGAGAAAGUACGUAAGAAGGCCAAUGUUAUAUCAGAUCAGGCAGACAUAUCUGAACGCUCAAAGAGUAAGCAAAUUGAUAGAUUAUAUAAAAAAGCUGCUGCAAAAAGGCCUCAAAAGGAGUAUUUAGUUGCAAAGAAAGGUGUCCAAGUUAAGACUGGCAAGGGAAAGGUUCUUGUUGAUCGCAGGAUGAAGAAGGACGCGAGGAAAAGUGGAAUGGGUAAGGCAGAAAAAAGAGGUUCCAAGGUAAAGGGUGGGGAGGUUCCAAAGGGAAAAAGAUUUUCAAAAGGCUGUGCAAAGAAGGGAAGAAAAUAA